AUGGGGCCUUUCUUGCGCGGUUUUGCGACGCGCAAGUCCACAAUCGCUACAUCUCUUCAUAUGCCACCCUCUACGAAGUCCGAUAGAAAAUACAAUGGGAGAAGAUGGUUAUACAAAUCCACAGGACCAAGAAAUAGCCCCAGUACUUUUGUGCGAAAAGAAAGUGGAAAUGAAGAGGCAACGAAUCUCGAGCAAUUCGAGGAAGGAGAUGAGAUCAUCAACGAUGGAUCGCAGGCAGCAAAACAAGCAUAUUGGAGACGAUACGAGAUAAGGAAUAAACAUCGAAAUGUGAAGACGUUCUUCAAGACACCGGAAUGGAUGAAGCCACCUUGGAGUAAAGAAGAAAAUUUAAAGGAUUGGUGGGUUGGAAAGCAUGCAACCGAAAAAUCUCAAAGUCAAGAAGCAUACGGAGAUAUAUACCCACUUGAAAUUCCGACUCCCGGAGAACAAGAUGAAGUAUCCGAUGGGUCUGAUCUGGUUUCUGUCAUUCGAAAAGUUGGUGUGGGAUUGCCCGUUAAUCAAGCUCAACGAAGAAUCCUCCUCAAAGAAGCUAAAAUGGUUUCUGAAUACAAGAGUGUGCUCAGAGCACUUCAAUUUCGAGAUCCUCAUGAACUUCUCAAAGUCCUAGUAAAACUUUCAAAAGUGGAUAAUUUUGGCGUGAAUUAUUCUCCAUUGUUGGAUAUUCCUCCAAAUACAUUUUCCGAAAUCCUUAGACUACUAGAUCCCAAACAUUUUUUCGGACGAUACAAGGCAUUGUUACAAGACUUCAAGCAUAAAGAUUUAUUGGAAAUGAGAACGGAUACUGUUGACUAUGACGGAACUCAUCGUGCCUACACUGUCUAUCUUUGGCAUUUGCGUCGAAUCAUUAUGAAACGACAAAUAAAGUAUCCAAUCCAUCUGUCCGAAUACAAAAUGCUCCUCAAAGCUGCAAAGUUUACGGGACAUCAGGAAGUUGCAGAAUUGACAUGGAAGUCUUUGAUUUCCAAUCAAUUUCAAGUGAUGGAAAAUAGAAAGAUUCUACCAGAUGUGGAAUGUUUCAAUUAUUACAUGGCUACUAUGUGUUGGUCGGAUGUUCUUAGCCCUUACCAUUCUGAAAGACUAAGAGUCGUGUCUCACCAUAAGGAUCUCCGUCAAUGGGACAACAGACCUUAUCAACUCAAUAGACACCGAAUCGGAUCUAACAAUGGAGUCAGACUUUCGGUCAAUAAAUUAUUUCAAGAAAUGGGAAAGGCGGGUCUGAUGGGGAAUGAGGAGACAUUUUGCUUGUUGAUGAUAUCGGCAAGUAGAGAGGGAGACCUUGAGACUGCUAAAACAAUUCUCAAGCGAGUGUGGAGCAUUGAUAUCGAAUUGAAGAACGGUGAGAAUUCGAAGCUCAAUACACGUCUUCCCGACUCUCCAUUGUAUCCAUCAAGAAGAUUACUUCGUACGAUAAUCCAUAUGUUUUGUAUCAAUAACGAUUUACCAAUGGCUAUACAUGUAAUGGAUCAAGUAUCACGAAAGUACUCCAUUGAUAUUCCGAAGCGGGCUUGGCAAGACUUAUUGGAAUGGACUGCAGUUUUUGCUAGAAGACGGGGAAGUGCCGCUCAACGCGAGUUGGGAUUUGACGAAGGAGUGUUGCCCUCGUCUAGCAUGAACGAAGUUUGGAACAAUAUGAUUCUGCAUUAUAACGUCGAACCCAAUCUUUCAAUGUACAACAUCUACAUUCGCCACCUUCUCUAUAACCGACAAAUUGGAACUGCCCAAAUUCAGAUCGCAAGGGCUCGUCAACUACACAAUAGAUUGGCCAAAAUAGUAGAUCGGUACAGGAUCCUAUACGAAAGUAGUUUGAAACGAAGAAAGCCAGACUCGGCAAUAACACAAAUUCGGCAAAGAGACUUCACAUUUUACCGUUUCAAAUUGAGGGUUAGCAGGAUGUAUAUGCGACAAUGGGUCAAUUAUCUCAUCUAUCGGCCAGCUGAAUACUUGUCUAAAGACCACGCAAACUGGGCAUUUCAGAAGGUUCCAGACAUAGUCAACAACUAUAAAACAUUUUUGCGGGGAGAGUUGACUUAUCAAACAUAUACAGGUCAUAUACGUUUAGAUACUGGAAAAUCUGAAGAUACAAAAUUGAGGAUAUGGAGAAGGGUUUAUGGAGAUACCAGGUCAAAGAAGAGACGACAAAGAAAGUCUUUGGCGAGACUUCUCAAUAGAAAAAAUGAAUACCGAUACAAUCGGGAUAGACAGGCCGUUGGUGGGCCAGUUCAAUUAGCAGCCAAAGUCGUGCAGGACCAUAGAUUCAAAAAUUAA